GGGGUUGGUGCCGGCCGGGGAGCGGGUCCCGCGCCUGUCUGCGGCUCCGCGGCGCUUCCCGCUUCUGUAGCAAAGGGCCACUGGCGCCGCCACCGCCGCGCCUCCCCGGCUCCAGACGCCCUCAGCCUUUCGGGGCCGGGUUUUUAGUGUGCCGGCGGGUGUCCUGGCUCUUCAGGUCAUGGCCGACAGUAUCGCCGUCUCACAGGUGCCUCCGAGAAGCUGCCUGGCGGCGUCAGCGCUCGAAAAGGGCUCUGUGCCGCGGCUGGCCAGGAACUCCUCGAGGGACUGGUGCGAGCUGCCAGGAUUUAUCGGGGUAGCGCGGUCUGGGUUUGCGUUGGUGACUGAUGAUGCCUGAAGGACUCUCUCCAGAUAACCCCAGUGGGUAUUUGCGGCAGUUGUUAACUUCGAGUUUGUUUCAUGAGAGAGAGGCUGGAAUUCUGUGGGCAGAUGCUGAAACAAUAAAUGCCACAGGAAUUACAGGGAGUUUAACUAUAACCAGAGGACUGGCAGCGCACUGAAAAGGGACUGCUGUCUCGCCUUACUCAAGGACCUGCUGUGGUCCUUUCUGAGCACUGUCUCUGUCUCGUACCAUGCCUUUCCAAGAGAAGUUCAAAAAGAACAAAUAUGGCCAGUGGUCACAGACCUCCAAUAGCUCGUCCUUCUUCAAGAGCAGGAAUAGGGUUGACCGCAAGGCCUACCUCUUCAUCAAGGACUCCAUCAGCAACCAGAAUAGGAACAGGGAUGCUUCCUAGUUCUUCAAGACCUGGUUCUCGUGGUGGUUCUUCAGCUACUGGAGUCUUAUCAUCUCAGAUUAAAGUUGCAGACCGUCCAGUUACUCAACAGGGAUUAAGUGGAAUGAAAACUGCAAUGAAAGGUCCUCAGAGACAGAUAAUGGAUAAAACAUACUACCUUGGACUGCUGAGAAGCAAAACAAAUGAGCUCACAACAGAAAUUAACAAGCUGCAGGAAGAAGUAGAAAUGUACAAGCAAGAGAAGUCUGUCUAUUUGUCAUAUGAAAAAAGGGCAGAGUCUUUAGCUGGUGAAAUCAAAGAAUUUCAAGGUCAGCUAGCAGACUACAACAUGGUUGUGGAUAUACUUAACACCAAUAUGGAUAUUUCAGAAGUUAUUCGAGAUUACAAUAUGUUAAAGGUUCAGAAUGACCGAGAUGCUCAGAGCGUGGAUAAAAUUUUCACAGAAAGACAAGCCACAGAAAAGUUAAUUCAAACCGUAGAAGACGAUAUUGAACGUGAAAAGGUUGUAGCAGAUGACAUAAUUAAAGACAUGUCACAGGAAAAUCAAGCUAAAUACAUGGAGAUGAAAGCUGCAAAUGAAAAACUUGUCCAGGAAUUGGUUGUUCAACAGCAGGAAUUGGAUGCUCUAAAUGUAAAGGAGGAUGCUCUAAGAGCUGAAAUAGCACACUUGCAGGUGAAACAGGAGGCUGUGCAGCUGUAUGAAAAACUCCAUGACCUUGAAGAACGUCGAGAUCAAAUGAUUGCUGAGGAUAAGAACAUGGAAUCUCCACAGGAGGAAAGAGAGAGAUUACUAAAGCAGGUUAAGGAUGAUAGUCAAGAAAUAGCAAGCAUGGAAAGACAGCUGACAGAAGUAAAAGAAAAAACAAACCAUUUUAAAAAGGUCAUUCAGCGACUUGAUAUGGAUCUAGAGAAUCAUCAAGAAGGGGAGGAAAAUUGGAAAUACAAAGAGCUGAAGAAGAGGGAAGAAAGCAUGGAUAAUUUUCUUGAGAAUUUUGAAGAUGUGAAGAAUCAGGAAUUGGAACGAAAAGUCCAAAUAGAAGCCAACAUUGUUGCACUCCUGGAACACUCAAGCAGGAAUGUGAAUCGUAUGAAACAAAUUUCAUCUGUUACCAAUCAAGAGCUGAAGAUUAUGCAAGAAGACCUCACUUUCAAAUCAAAUGAAAUGCAGAAAUCACAGAGCACUGCUAAGAAUCUGAUUACAGAGAGUCAAAAACUGCAGAUGGACCUACAGAAGAUGGACCUCUUGGAGGGCAAGAUGGUUGAUGAACUGGCUUCUCUUAAAGACAAAAUUGAACAAACAAAAAUGGAGUUGGAGGUCUAUAAUAAUUUGCCAGCUCUGAAAGCAUCAGGAGAAGAAAAGAAAAAGAUACUCCAGGAUGACAAAGAAAAAUUGACAAAACGUAGCCAUUCUUUCAAGAAGAUAAUGGAAUGCUUGAAUACAGAGUAUGAGACACUAAAGAAAGAGCUGCAAGAGAAUGAGACACAUUCUCAGCUUACAAAUUUGGAGAGGAAGUGGCAGCACCAUGAGCAAAAUAACUUUAUGAUGAAGGAAUUCAUAGCGACAAAAAGUCAGGAGAGUGACUACCAGCCAAUAAUGAAGAACGUGAGAAAGCUGGUCACAGAAUACAACAAAGCUCUCAUAGAAGCUUUACAGAACACCAAGAACUGAACCCAGGCACUUCCUUCCUGCCCCAGUGGACCAACAACAAGAGAUGUGCACAGGCAGCAUGGAAAGCUGAACUAGUCAGCUCAUUUGCUCACCACUAUGGCAACACAUAUUCUUUUCUGUAUUUUUCUACAUUUUUAGAUGUCACAGGGUUUAAUAGUAUCCCUCUGAAACAUUUAAAAAGUUUACUGAAUUGUAGAAACUUGUAGAAAUAAAAAGGAAAUACCACAUAAUGAGUGUAAAAACAUCAGAAAAUUUUUCUGAGGCCCAUUGCUGGAUUAUGUCUGAAAUGUGAAACAAUUAAUCUCUUAAUUGUCUUGUAGUCCUAUCCCUGCCAGGAGUUCUCCCUGAAUAAGGACUGCCUGACAGGCUCUCAUAUGCAUUAUCUUAAAUGAAUUGUAUAGUAAGAUAAAUGGUAAUAUCAGCAUACCAUCCCAAUUUAAAUAGCAAUUUAUAACACGUAAGGAAAACAUCUAAGGAUGACAAGCAUCCUUUUAAGUCAGAACUGCUUCAUAGUUUGAAGUCUUAGAAUAAAAGCAAAUGUACUUUGGAUCUGUAAGCAAAUUUUCAUUUCCCAGUGGAGAACUGAUUAACUGCUUUAUAUUUUUUAAAUGUAAUUAUAAGGAGAGAACUGUGAUAAAAAUAGUGAAACUCAGCUAAUACUGACCUUCUGCAGAACAUUUUACUUUUGUAGUAUUCACCAAUAAAGGGAAUAACAGAGAAAAGCUCUUGUAUUUUAUGUGGGUUUUUUCUUAAGGUUUCAAGCUGCAGUGUCAUAUGCAACCUCUGCUUUGACAAAAAUACAUAGAAAGAGAUUCAGCAUAGAACAAAACCAGGACUGAUACGGAAAUAACAAUGUGCUUUAUAAUGCAGAAAUUUCAGAAGACUUUUACAUAAAAUUUCCAUGUGUACAGUCCCCUCACAUUCAAUAUGCAAUGUAAUUAUAAACUACCUAAUGAUAAUUUCCUCCACCUGGUAUGUUGCAAGAGAAAAAAAACCAUAUUCAACUACAGAUAGGAAUCUUAGCCAGACAGUAAUCUAGCCUUUUACAAAAAAUAAUUAAAAAAGGGGGGGGUCUGGUUUUAUAGUUGUUCUACUCUCUUAGAAAAGUUUCCAAAACAUAAGUAGACUAUGUGCUUCACUUCAUAGAACUGGAGUAGACAAAGCAUUAGAAGAUGUACUGAAAAUAGAAAUGUACAUGAAAAUAGAAGUCUUGUAUUUUUGUCACUAAAUUUCUCCAAAUCUGUGAUUGUCAUUUUGAGUAUAAAGAGGUAUGUAAA